CGUCUCGCGUCUCGCAGGAUGAGGCUAGGAUGCUGUUAUACCUAUGAUUGGCGGUACUGCGAUCCUUCACGAGGGACAUAAAGCGUUGAUCAACAACUGCCCCAAUCCCUUCAAUAUUUCUCUCCUUCUUACUAUUAAAUCUGAAGACAACAUCGUACACAUUUUGAUAUCACACGAUCGCGAUCGUCGGUCUGGUCGUUGCUCGAACCCAUAUGGAUCACGUUGAUUUGUCGUCGUUGACCCUUGAACCACCCUCGCCCAGCCAGGGCAAGGCGAGGGUAUCGACGCCUAUAGUUGGUGACAUCCUGUUCCCCGUAGGCAGGAGAAGGGAUGUGGCAACAGAUAAACCCUACAUUGCACGGCCAUCAUCCCAUAGGCAUGGGGAGAACGCCGAGGCCAGAUUUGCUUGCCCGUUUCACAAACAUGAUCCUAAUUCGUUCAAUGUGCUGUUCGAGCACUGUGGUGGGUCGUCUUUUACAGGUAUUACCAAUAUAUUGGAACACAUUCGUUGUAUGCACUCUGAUGAGCUGUUUGUUUGCCGAGGGUGCAGCCAAACGUUUGAUUCUGAACAUGAUUUGCAAUCCCAUCAAAAAGAACCAAUGGCCUGUGGAAAUGGUAUCUACCCUCGGGCUAUAACAUCGUCAAGAUUCGUGGCAUUGAUUAGGAUGCGGAGGUUUCAAGGGACAGUGGAAGAACAAUGGCAGGAUAUAUACCAGCUGUUAUUUCCAGAUGAUGAUGGCAAAGUCUCGCCCUAUCAUGAAUCAGAAAGCGGACCUUCGUUGGAUGGAGCGCAUACUUCACGAUUCCCUAAGGAUCUAUCAAUGGAAGAUUUGGACAGUCCCCCAAAUUAUCAUUCUCUCGAGGGUCAUAGAAUCUCACUUCCCGAAGACGGCAGCUCUUUUCGCAGAGAUCCGCGCUCCCCAGUCAUAUCCUCCCUACGAGCAGGCGACGGCGUCGGCGCAGAGCUCUCUCAUACAAACUCUAGCAAAAGCCGUUCAAGCACCAGCGGGGAAAGCGCAGAAUUAUGUGAAGAGGAUGAGACACAGUGCAGUGACUCCGAUGACAUAGAUACUAGCUAUAAGGCUUUGGAUCCAGUUAAGCAGGCACUAUUCGACAACUCAACAAGGCAAUUUUGGGAUUUUUACAAUGGGUUAUCUGCUCCCAAUUGGGUCGUCUUAUGGUCAAAGCAUGCAACCUACAAGGGAGCUGCGUCUUCGUCGCAGGGAACCCAAGGGUCAACACGGACAGCUCCAGAUUCUCGGACACCAUCGGAAUGCCCAUCAAACACCGCAUCAUUGCUAGCACCAAAACGGAAGAAGAGAGAUGACGACGAUGAAGCUAGCAAUAACGGAAACCCUUCAAAACGCUCCAGCCGUAUUUUACCUCAGAAAGAAGGCUUAAAUCUUGCUUGCCCUUUCCACAAGCACAAACCGUGGAAGUAUAACCAUGGCAUCCUCCGAUUCCGAACAUGCUCUACUACUCCUUUCGAUGCUAUUUUCCGCUUGAAGGAACAUCUCCGCAGGGUUCAUCCGCCUCCUCUCCAUUGCACUCGAUGCUGGCUGUCCUUUUCCGAUCAGAACAGCCUAGUAAACCAUGGGCAAGCUGAUAUUUCCUGUCAAAGGAGACAACCAGUUUCUGUUGAGGGUUGGACUCCCGAAAUGGACAAAAAGAUAACAAAGCGCAAAGACGAAACAGACGGAGAACGUUGGGAGAGGAUAUAUCGCGAACUCUUUGGUAGUACACUAACCACCGUGCCAUCUCCAUAUUUUGUGCCUUACGACCUUGCAUCUGCCAACGAGGCAGAUUUGGAAACACUCUUGCAGCAAGAAGUCCCACGAAUAGUGCUCAAUUCGCUGAGCGAGCAAGUCAAUAAUAUGGAUAUCCCCGAUGCGGCACGAGCUCUCUUCGACCCGUCAACCCCUUACUUCCAAUUUGAGAAUUUGAUAGGAAACGCCAUUAGAGAAGUAUUUACGAUGUAUAGGUCGGCCACAGCAACAGCGAAUAACUCUACAGCACCUUCAACUACGACGCAACCUUCAUCGGAUAAUGCGUCUAUUGCUGACGACAGUAGUGUUGCUCAGUCUACUUGUUGGGAACGCACAACCGUGAAUUCAUCACGGAGUUCUCAUCAUCAGUCGGGUAGUUUUGAAUCUUUACCGACAGUGGUACCGCCCGUGUUUCCAGAUACCACGCAGCGAUGGAGCGACCCAAUGCACCCGAUCGCGGCCGGAGGGCCUUCGUACUCAAGGAGCAUGCAUGAACAAGUUCCUCCACCUUCCGCCGAGUUAGUUUCACGCGCCUCGGAAACAACAUCGAACAUAGUCCAUCCAAAUCCCUCUGGCCGGAUGCACAGUGCAGGGGAAGCCAUGCAGCAGGGUGGCCAGCACAAUGUGAUGAAUGGUUAUGGGACCAGUAUGGAUGAGUAUAUGUUUGUUGAUUUUGACCUUUUGGGAGGGUUCGAUGCUGAGGCGUUUCCAAGCGUGCCAUCUAAUACUUAUAGCGCUCCAACGCGGUCUUAAUACCCA